AUGGUGCUGCUGCCGCUGCGGAAGAAGCUGGCACGCCCGGUCCUCGGUUCGGUCCAUUUCAUCGAUAGUGGGGCGCUGAUGUCGCCGGGAUGUGGAUACGUUCCGGCGCGCUACUCGCUGCCCCUGUUUCUGUGCAAAAAACUGACCAUCCCCUCGGAACCGGCUCGCUCGAACGCCGCAAUCGAACAGACGAGGACGCAGGAACGGGAAUCGAUCCUGAAACGUAUGGCAUCGUAUCGUGAAGUGACGCGAACCGCUAAAGAUGCUACUUGUGGCCUUUCGGGUAUGUUUAAGCGUGGCUUCCGGACGUCCUGCUACCGAGCCGAUGUGGAUACGGCGGCCAAGUUGGUCGGUGCGAGCCUGGCAACGAUCGGUGUCGCCGGUUCCGGUGUUGGCAUCGGGACGGUGUUCGGUUCGCUGAUGCUCGGUUACGCCCGCAAUCCACCGCUGAAGCAGCAGAUCUUCUCGUACGCCAUCUUGGGCUUUGCACUGUCCGAGGCCAUGGGAUUGUUCUGCCUGAUGAUGGCCUUCCUGAUGCUGUUUGCCUUCUAG